CUAGGCAGCUCCAGUCAGGGCUAUGAUCAAGCCACUUGAAAGAAACCCAACCAAGCCACUUUUCGAGAUAGACUUCGAGAUAAGGCUUCGAGGUAGUUACAUACAUACAUACACAAUUAGCACAACGUUCUUCUCUUCACGUUGAUCGUUAGAUCUAUAAACGUCUUUAAGACUCCUCGAACUAGCAAUUAGCUGAUACCUCCCCUUCAACUCCAAUACCGACAUUCACAGACCAACCCUAACUCAACCCAACCCAGCCCACUACAAUGUUCUCCUCCCGAACAGCCAGACACCUGGCGCCCCUCCGAACCAUCACCGCGCGCCGAUCUACCACCUCCCAACAUCCUCUCACAGCCCAGCUCCAACUCCAACUUCAGAUGCAAAAAUCACCCGCGCGCCUAUUUUCCUCUUCAGUGUCAUCACAGCAAGUAAAAACACCACCGGCGCCCCCCUCUCCAGAAGAGAAAUCCAUAAAUGGACAAUUCUACAAGACCUUCGGCCGACCCAUCGCCAAAGUACUGCUCGUGGCCGUCUUCACAUACCAGGUAGCGUAUUACUUAUGGGUGAAACUGGAGUACAACGAGAUCAAGAGCGAGAUGCGAGCCACCAUUGCCGACCUCGAAGCCAGGAUCGAGCAACUCGAGCAAGCGCGACAGAAGUAGCCACAGCUUAGCUUCAGUCCUCGUCAAUAGAACAAGACGAGCAUAACGCCCCAGAGAAGAAACUAUGCCUGAUAGCUAGUACAUCCGCGAUUUCUAUGGAAGUGCCCUUCGCGCAAAGUACAUAGGCGCGUUAAUAUCCAGGAUUGCAUACUACCCACCCGGGCACCUAGUACUUAAUACCUAGUGGUGGGUAUAUGCCCCUAUAUGGUAAGCAUCAUAAUAUCAGGUA